CUUCGCCGAGGGCGGCAGGACUCUGUGGACACUGAAAUCCAACAUACACAUGCUGAUUUCCUGUAAUGGAUGAGCUAGAAUCUAAUGUGAGUUCCGAGGAGGGCUUUGGGUCUGUGGAGAAGGUGAUGCUGCUCACAUUUCUCUCCGUGGUUAACCUGAUGGCCAUCUUGAAUCUGCUGGUCAUGGUGGCCGUGUGCAGGGACAGGCAGCUCAGGAAAAUAAAGACCAAUUAUUUUAUUGUAUCUCUUGCCUGCGAUCUGCUGGUUUCUGUGCUGGUGAUGCCCUUCGGUGCCAUCGAACUGGUUCAGGACAUGUGGAUUUAUGGGGAGAUGUUUUGCCUGGUGCGCACCUCUCUAGAUGUCUUGCUCACAACAGCAUCCAUCUUUCACCUUUGCUGUAUCUCCCUGGAUAAGUAUUAUGCUAUCUGCUGCCAGCCCUUGGUUUAUAGAAACAAGAUGACUCCUCUGCGCAUUGCACUGAUGCUAGGAGGCUGCUGGAUUAUUCCCAUGUUUAUAUCUUUUCUGCCCAUCAUGCAAGGCUGGAAUAAUAUUGGCAUCAUUGAUAUGAUAGAAAAGAGGAAGUUCAAUCAGAACUCUAACUCCACAUAUUGCAUCUUCAUGGUCAACAAGCCUUAUGCCAUCACCUGCUCUGUGGUAGCCUUCUACAUUCCGUUUUUCCUUAUGGUGCUGGCCUAUUAUCGCAUAUAUGUCACAGCAAAAGAACAUGCCCACCAGAUCCAGAUGUUACAACGGGCAGGAGCCCCUCCUGAGGGCAGGCCCCAGACAACAGACCAACAUAGUACUCAUCGCAUGAGAACAGAGACCAAAGCAGCCAAGACCCUGUGCAUCAUAAUGGGUUGCUUCUGCCUCUGUUGGGCUCCAUUCUUCAUCACCAAUAUUGUGGAUCCAUUCAUAGACUACACUGUCCCCGGGCAGGUGUGGACUGCUUUCCUCUGGCUUGGUUACAUCAAUUCUGGAUUGAAUCCCUUUCUCUAUGCCUUCUUGAAUAAGUCCUUUCGACGUGCCUUCCUCAUCAUCCUCUGCUGUGAUGAUGACCGCUAUCGAAGACCUUCCAUUCUGGGCCAGACUGUUCCCUGUUCAACCACAACCAUUAAUGGAUCCACACAUGUACUAAGGUAUACAGUUUUGCACAGUGGACAUCAUCAGGAACUUGAGAAGCUGCCCAUACACAAUGACCCCGAGUCCCUGGAAUCAUGUUUCUGAUUGAGGACAUGACCAAUAAUUAAUUUAAUCUAUUAAUUCUCAUCCAUGUCUGCAUAAGCAGGAAUCCCUGGCAUUUUUCCUACCCUCAUUACCACCAGUGAGGACCACAGCAAUGGGAUCACGAGUUCUGGGGAGGUCUAUGGA